CGUAGUAGACGAUUAUCACAACAGUAAUACUUUAGAUAUUUUCAAAACAUAACAUAAAUAUUAACCAUGAAAAAACAUUGCACAUUUUUGCCAUUGUUUCGUGAAAUUCCUUUUAUUCUAAUGUAUUGGGUAAAUUAACGGAAAGUUACAACAUAAUAAACAUAUAUAAGUGAUAUUGUUUUUAGUUCAUGUGUAAUCAUGAAACGUUUAACAUUAAGUUUAAUUUGGUUAUUAAACCUAACCUUUUUACUACAAAUUAAUACAGCGACAACGAGUAAUCUAACUGAAGACGUAACGUUUCGCUUAUUUACAGUUAACAAUAAAUAUGAUUGGCGUAACCUUGGUUUCGAUGUAAAAAAUCUUACCUCGUCUGGAUUUGAUUUCAACAAAGACACAAAAAUAAUCACCCACGGUUUUUUAAACAAUGGAAGUGGAUUCUCUUGCAUUGCUUUAAGAGAUGCGUUUCUGAAACACUACGACAUAAACGUCAUAAUCAUUGAUUAUAAGAAUAUCGCUAAUGAUAUCUUCUCACUACCCCAAUCGAAAAUCAAUGAAGUUGGGGGUUAUGUGGCGAAGUUCUUAAAUUUUUUGUUUGAUAGUAAAUAUAAUGGAACCAAAAUUCAUUUGUUAGGACAUAGUUUGGGUGGUCAUGUAAUGGGAUAUGCUGCGUCACAUGCUAAAAACGGAACGGUUGGGAGAGUUUCAGGUUUAGAUCCUGCAUUAACCAUGUUAAUCACAGAUGGUCUUAAUUCUAAUGUAGCCGAAUUUGUAGACGUCAUUCACACUUGUAAGGGUAUUUUUGGUGCAAAACAAUCACUUGGUACGGUUGAUUUUUGGCCCAAUGGUGGUAUCGGUAAAAAUCAACCAAGUUGUAGCGGAUUGGGGAGUAUAAUUUGUAGUCAUUAUGAAGCUGUUCGGUACAUGUCAAGAAGUAUUAAUGAUACUCAAAGAUAUCCGGCCCAUCGUUGUGAUUCUUACACCGAUUUUAAGUACAGAAAAUGCGAAAAUAAUGACGUACAAUAUAUGGGUAUAGCAACCAAUUAUUCUGCAAAGGGUAAUUAUUACUUGUGUACUCAAAAUGAAUCAGAUUAUUUGAAUUAAAUAAAUUAAAAACCAAU